GCCUAAUCUAGUUAUGACGACAGUUUAUCUCUUAUUUUCUCAUCACUUUCUUAUUCAUUCUAUUUUGAAUCUCUAGUUAUGACGACAGUUUAUCUCUUAUUUUCUCAUCACUUUCUUAUUCAUUCUAUUUUGAAUCUCGCUAAUAAAUUACACACACAUAUACGGUGGGUGCCUUCUACGGUACCUUUGGUAAAAUCUGGGAUACCACAUACUUUGAGUAUGAAGAUGCUAUUUAGACCUCGAAUUAGCAGGAAUUUUGGGCAUGAUAUUAUACCCUAACCCUUAAUGAGUGAACCCUAGAUCCUAAUUAUCUAAAUCAUAAACUAUAAACUCUAAGAUGGUGCAUUGAUUUUCCCCCUAUAUUUGGACGAAUCAUAAUCGUCGAUUAUUGUUUCUAAUUAAAUUGAUCUAGGGGUAUAAGAAUUAGAGAAUUAGGAACUAGAUUAUGAUCUUUAAGGGUUAGAGUAUAGUAUCAUGUCCGAAAGAUCAGUCAAUUCAAGUUCUUGAUAGCGUUUUCUUACUCAAUGUAUGCGGUAUCCCGGAUUUCACACGGGAUACCGUAGAACUCCCCGUGGUGAUGUAUAUAUUAUUCUAACUUUAUAAAAUUAUUUAGAUACAACUUACAAUAUCUAUUUCUCAAUGAUUUUCAUUUACAAGUGUUUUUUUUUUAAGGUUCAUUUUGAUUUCCUUUUACAAGAUUGAUAAAAGUGUCCAUUUACAUUUUACAAGAUUAACAAUUCGAUAACACUAGCAAAAACUAAGAAACGGCAAGCCGUUUUGUGUUAUAUGGUUCUCAUAUCCGAAACCCAGCCGAUACGGUGUCGUCUUAUGGUCUAUAAAGAAAGUAAAAGCAAAAACAAAAAAGAAAAAGCCUCAGAAACAAAUUCCGCGUUGCUAAGCCAAGCCGCCUUCUGAGUUCUGAGCUCUGACUUCUCCGUCGUCACCUCACUCAAAGAAUCGACCACGCCCUCAAAUCUUUGAGUUUCAAUCGGCAGCUUCCACGAUCUAAUCGCUUCCCAUUGCCCGUGCACCGUCGAGGAAUCCGCCGCCACCCGUUCCUUCUGCUGCGUCCGCCCGACCGGUGAGUUCAUUCGCCAAUCUUCGUUCUGUACACUCGUGUAGAUCUAAUUGCUCUUUCAUUUUCUUGAUCUUUGAAUCCACAACUGCGAGCCAUGAUUGGAACUUGUUCGAACCCAUUGACUGAAGAUGGUUGAUUUCGUUCUGGGUUCCUCUUACUUUUCUUUCUUGAGUUGCUUUUGUUUCGAUACUAUACUUCCGCUCACCGAUUAAUUUCGAGCUUUUUUUCUUGCAUGAUUGCUUUUCUUGACCCGAGAAGGAUUUCCAGUUACUCUAGCUUCCGAAAACUACUUGCAUUUGCUGCUUAGAUUGAGCCUGUUGGGAUGGGUGAUAACAAAGAUGAUCAUUCCUCGCCUAAAGAGGAAAACCCAGUUCUUGAUUCCGAGACUCCUCAGCCUGGUCAAUCUCAGGAGGAUAACUCCCUGGAAGCCAUAGUUCGUCAAUUUCAGGACUCCAUGUCUGUAGGCAAGCAGCACAAGUUUUGGGAAACCCAGCCAGUGGGUCAAUUCAAGGAUGUUGGGGACAAGAAUUUACCUGAGGGGCCUAUUGAGCCAGCAACUCCUUUGUCUGAGGUCAAACAAGAGCCUUACAAUCUGCCUGCACAGUACGAGUGGACAACUUGUGACAUGGAGUCCGAUGAGACCUGCAACGAGGUCUAUGCUUUGUUGAAGAACAACUAUGUUGAGGAUGAUGAGAACAUGUUUCGGUUCAAUUACUCCAAGGAGUUCCUCAGCUGGGCAUUGCGCCCUCCUGGAUACUACAAGAGCUGGCACAUUGGGGUGCGUGCUAAAACUUCCAAAAAGCUUGUUGCCUUCAUCACGGGUAUUCCAGCAAGGAUCAGGGUACGUGGUGAAGUGGUGAAGAUGGCUGAGGUCAACUUCCUUUGUGUUCAUAAGAAACUUAGGUCAAAGAGGCUUGCACCGGUCAUGAUCAAAGAGGUUACUAGGAGGGUUCAUCUGGAGAAUAUUUGGCAGGCAGCUUAUACAGCUGGAGUGGUUCUGCCAACACCAGUAACCACUGCUCAGUACUGGCACAGGUCCUUGAACCCCAAGAAACUUAUUGAUGUCGGCUUCUCCAGGCUUGGUGCAAGGAUGACAAUGAGCAGGACUAUAAAGCUUUACAAGUUGCCAGAUUCACCAGCUACUCCUGGAUUCAGAAAAAUGGAGCUUCAUGAUGUUCCGGCUGUCACUCGGUUACUAAGGGACUACCUGGCUCAGUUUGCUGUUGCACCUUAUUUUGAUGAGGAUGAUGUUGAGCAUUGGCUUCGCCCUGUUGAGAACGUCAUUGAUAGUUUUGUGGUUGAGAGCCCGGAGACCCAUGAGAUCACCGACUUCUGCAGUUUCUACACCCUCCCGUCCUCCAUCCUUGGCAACCAGAACUACUCGACUUUGAAAGCUGCAUAUUCGUAUUACAACGUCUCGAACAAGACCCCAUUGCUGCAGUUGAUGAACGAUGCUUUGAUUGUUGCCAAGCAGAAGGAUUUCGACGUUUUCAAUGCCUUGGAUGUCAUGUUCAACGAGUCUUUUGUGAAGGAGCUGAAAUUCGGGCCAGGUGAUGGGCAGCUUCACUAUUACCUGUAUAACUACCGUUUGCAGCAGGCACUUAGACCAUCUGAACUUGGCCUCGUUCUCUUGUAGUCCAGGGUUGAUGUUGGGGGGAUCUCACGUGAAAUUUUCUUGUUACCAUUACAUGUGUAACCCCAGAACUGUUUUCUUUUGCUACUCUACCCCUGUCUUCUUCAUGUUUUAGCUGGUUGUAGGUCGCCCAAGCAAGUUUACACAAUGUCGUUUGUUGGUUGAUGUGGGUGAUGAACAUUUUGAUUUGAUUUUCUCCAAAUCUAUCAAUGCUAUGGUUGUAAGUUUUUGCUAGGGGCAGUUGUUGGUGCUGUAGGUCUUACAGAGUAAGGGUUUGGGAUUAAUCUGUAUCAGUCAAAUAUUGUUUGCAGUAGUUGGAUGCUAAACAUUUCAAGACAAUUAAAUGGAGAGGUUUUUAUCAACGAGUUCUGGUGUGGCGUUUGUAGGAUUGGCGCUUAAUUAUGUGACCUAAUACCAGAAUUGCAAGACCCCAUUUCUAGCUCCAACUUUUAACGAUUGGUUAGUAAUUCUUUUAGGUUUUGGUUAUCAAAAUUUCUGGGAUUAUUCGUAAUGACCAUCUUACAAUUUUCAUUGAUUUAAUAGAUUUAAAUUAACCUUUUCGUUUAAUCAGCACUCAUUUUAGAUAAAGCUUUGAUUCCCAGCUGGCCAUUAUUUUGAUCAAUAGUUGACAGGAAUGAUAUUCGGCUUUAAUAUAUCGGAUUCGUGGACUUUAUGUGAUUAUCUGUAGUAUGUUUUAGCCAAUUGGUACUAUUUUAGGGCUCGCUAACCCGAGAAUGGUUGAAAAACCAUUACUGCCUAGUGCCAUGAGUUUGAUAUGAUACAGGUGGAGAAGACACGAAAGAGGAGCGAGUGCACAAGCAAUAAAUCGGGCUCGAAUUACUUAUGGACUACUCACUUGGGCUAAGGCGCAGAGGAAUUGGACGGAACGUGGGACGGAAACUAGAGCUGGAGGCCAAAGAAUUGGAUUGGGCCAAAGCCCAUUUUAUGUUUUAUCUCCUUGCUGGGCGGCGGAACAAAGGGUGGAAGAAUUGGACACAGCCAAUUUUGGAGGGGAAUCUCUUUGGUGGAGACAAUUGGAACCGGGCGGACUUUACUUGACCAGGGGGGAACGAAAUUCUCUUGAAAAAAAAAAAGAAGAAGAAAAGAGGCGCAUCAGGGGGGAGAAAGAAAGAAAGCAGCGGAGAAAGGCAGCAGGGCGCAGCAGAGAGCGUAUCGAGCAACGAGCAGUUUUUUCCAAGCGGCUAGAGCUGAGUUCAACGAGAGCGAUUAUUUGGUUGGAUUUUCUAAACCUAAUUAGUUGUUUCUUGUUGUUUUAGAACAUGAUGAACAAAACCCUAUCGAUUUAUCUUAAUUUCAUCAUGAACUAAACCCCAAUUUCUGGGGGAAACACCAUAGGAUGUAGCUAUUUCUUGAUUUGAUGGAUUGAUUCAUGAUUCUUUUCUUCCAAUCUCUAUUGCAUGAAAUUGCUUAAUGCUUUGUGUUGACUGGCCACCAAUACAACGAUUUGUAGUUAAUUAGGUUAUUAGCGACAGUGAAACCCUAUUAACUGAACAUAUUUCAUGUGACAUAGUAACUUAUCGAAGCGACAGUGGAUUAAAUAAGGUGCUAUGCGGUCUUAAAUAGGAUAUCGAUCUUCAGACUAAAUAGUUAAUUCAUUGAGCUGCGACAGUAGGAUUUGAAUUGACUAUCUAGUACGUAGUAAUUCCCGACAGGGAUAGCUAGCACAUUCGUGAUAUCCUGGCUGUAGAGGUAUGGAUUAAAUUGAUUGGAAUAUGUGUUAAUCUGGAUAGGAUAGGUAGUGAAUCCCGGUGUUUCUCCCAGAGCUUUCUCCCAUUGAUUUAAACCCGACACUUUAAUUUGCUUGUUUAGUUAAUUUUGCUAGUAGUUAAUAAUCUCAUUAAAUCAUU